AUGGCAUCCGAAGCAUCGCCCAAACUCCACGUCUCCGCCUCAGAAGCAACAAACUUCGUAACCUCAAUUCUAACCGGCAACGGCGUUGCUCCCGAAAAUGCCAAACUCAUCGCCCAAUGCCUCGUUGCCGCCGACCUACGCGGCGUAGACACCCAUGGCAUGAACCGCAUCCCCUCUUACAUGACCCGCAUCCGGCAAGGCGUCCUCUCCCCCAGCGCCACUCCCACGCUCACGCACCCCACCCCCGUGGUAACCCAAGUCGACGCACACAACGGCUUCGGUUUCGUAGCCGCCGACGCAGGAAUGACCGCAUGUAUUGAGUCAGCAAGAACCUACGGCAUCGGCAUGGCCAGCAUCAAGCACAGCAACCACUUCGGCAUGAGCGCCUGGAUUGUGCAAAAAGCCCUCGACGCAAACAUGAUGAGUAUCGUGUACACGAACUCAUCGCCUGCACUCCCAGCCUGGGGAGGCCGAGAGAAACUCCUAGGCGUUUCCCCCUUGGCAUGCGGUGCACCUGGUAAAGACGGUAAUGAUUUUAUACUCGAUAUGGCACCUAGUAUAGCAGCCAGAGGCAAGAUUUACAAGGCGCUUAGACGAGGGGAGAAGAUUCCAAAGGACUGGGCGCUGGAUAAAGAGGGGAAGAGCACGGAUGAUCCUGCGAAGGCGCUGGAUGGCGGUGUCAUGUUACCCAUGGGAGGACCGAAAGGUUCGGGGUUAGCCGUGAUGAUGGAUGUGUUUAGUGGUGUACUGUCAGGCUCUGCGUUUGCAGGCGAUGUCACCGGUCCUUAUGAUCCUAGUCGGCCGUCGGAUGUGGGGCAUUUUUUGAUUGCGGUGAAGCCGGAUUUGUUCAUGAGUUUGGAUGAGUUUAGGGAGAGGAUGCAGGUGCUGUAUGAGAGGGUCGUGGGCGCAGAGAAGGCAGAUGGCGUGGAGAGGAUUUAUUUCCCGGGCGAGAUUGAGCAGGUCACGCAGAGGAACAGGGAGAAGGGGGGAAUACCGCUGGUGCAGGCGGAGGUGGAUGCACUGAACGCGGAGGCGGAGAGGGUGGGGGUUAAGCCGUUGGUUGUGCAGAGUGUUGAGAGCUGA